UUUUUCUUUUCAGUAUUGCGAUGCCCUUUAUUAUCUCUAUCGCCAUACGAUAUUAGUUCUUAAUUGAUGGUGCAUCAGAGUCUAGUGUAUCGCACAAUGCAAAUAUAUCCGGUUAUGAAAAUCUUCAGUUUCCGAGACUGAGAAUUCAUACUAUUCUUAAAAUAACAACCGUUGUAGACUUUAGUCAGGCAGUAGCUGGAAGCAGGCGACUGAGAUGAAUGGAAUACCACUCCGUAUCGUAGAUCCGCAUCCUUCGAGUAUUCCUGUAUGCUUGUUUUCUUCGGCAUGCUUAGUAGAAUGCCUGAGGUACCAAGACGAAUGCCGAUCCAGACCAUUCCUGAUUGAUAAGCGACAGGAAGCACGCCAUUCCGGGCCGCCGCUUUAAGCAUGUUUGCCCUGCAGAAGCGGGAGAACCAGAAGUGUCUUCUCACUCAUCUGCCCAUUGAAUCCUCCCAUCAUACUGCUCUGUACUGACCAACCAAACCAUCUCAUUGCCACGCAAUUGUAACCAAACAUGUAUUCUCCUAGCCUGACCAAUCAAUUUAAGAGUCUCCUGCGAGCAUCGCGAGUGACUUGUUUUAAACCAUCAACCGCUCGUCUCUCCCUUUCCUCUGCUAGGAUCUCAUCUAGAGCAAUCGCAUCUACUACCUCCCUUCGGCCCUCCGUCGGCACACACUUCAAUCUCACUCGACGAGCUUUUUCCUCUACCCCCACCGUUCGAUUCACACCUUCAUCCACCAUGUCUGAGGGCAACGUUGUGACGAUCAAGACCGAGCAGGAGUUCAGGGAGAAGGUCGAACAAGCCUCUGGCCCUGUCGUUCUCGACUGCUUCGCCGAGUGGUGCGGUCCUUGCAAGGCCAUUGCCCCUAAGCUCGCUCAGUUCAGCGUGCAGUACCCUGAUGCAAAGUUCUACAAGAUCGAUGUCGACGAGCUCUCCAAUGUCGCUGGCGAGCUUGGUGUCCGUGCCAUGCCCACUUUCAUACUCUUCAAGGAUGGCAAGAAGGUGUCCGAUGUCGUUGGCGCCAACCCCCCCGCCCUUGAGGCCGGUAUCAAGUCUCUGAUUGCAUGAUUAACAUUUAACUUGGGGUUGAGGGUGGCAUUUGCUUUUCUAUGUUAGUCCCGAAGGGAAUGUGGCACUACCGUUUAUAUCCAUCCUUAUAUGGCAUAAUAUUGAACUUUGUCGUUAUCGUGAUUGAAAUAUGGCAUUCCAUAUCGAGAGUAAGAAGCCCUCAAGAGUGAUGUAAUUCUGGGCUUCUAGUUCGGGACCGUGGAACCCUAUAUGGUAUUCCUGGUCGCACCAUAUAGGACUCAUACCAGAGGUCUAGGUCCCAUACAAGGAAGGCCCGAGAUAAUUAUAGAACUAAAGAUGAC